AUGCCUCACGGUGAAGACACGCCCACACCCGACAAUGGCUUCUAUGUCGUGGUCACUGGAGCCAACAGUGGCCUGGGACUCGGUAUCGGAACCCGCCUGAUUGACGAAUUCCUGCAAACUCGCCCCCAGAACGAGUCCCUUGUCCUCAUCAUCACCACACGCGACCAACGCAAAGGCGAUGCGACAAUCGAGAAGCUAGAACAGCACCUUCGGAAAGUCAUCCGCAGCCAUGAACAAAAACUACCGGGCAUCGCACAGGUGCUGCAGAAUCGCGUGUCUUUCCGCCAGGAGAGACUAGAUCUUCUCAGUCUGGUCUCAGUACAGAAGCUGAGCAGGAAGCUCCGGGAAACAACACCGAAGCUCGAUGCAGUCAUCUGUAAUGCUGGCAUUGGUGGAUGGACUGGCAUCAAUUGGCCCAGUGCCAUAUGGGCAAUACUCACCAAGUGGAGGACGGCCAUCACUUGGCCUACGUACAAGAUAUCUGGCGUUGGAUGGACUGUAAAAAACCCGCAAAUACCUGCGGACAAGAAGACGCAGGAAGAGCCUCCAUUAGGCGAGGUCUUCUGUGCUAAUGUCUUUGGGCAUUACCUCCUUGGUCACUACCUCGCACCCUUGUUGGCGAGACACCCCAUGAGCGAGAAGACAAGAGGGAGGAUGAUCUGGGUCAGCAGCGUGGAGGCAUACGACCAUAUAUUCGAUCUGCAGGACAUACAAGGCAUCCUGUCAGACAUGCCGUACGAGGGCACCAAGAGGCUCACCGAUAUCCUGGCCAUUACUUCUACGCUGCCCUCAACGACAAAACCUGUUGACGAAUAUCUCCAUCACGCCCAAGAUUCGGAAAAGACUACGAAGCCGCGACUUUACGUUUCUCACCCUGGCAUCUGCGCUACUUCGAUCGUACCUCUCCCCCUCAUCCUUCAAUGGUGCAUGGUCAUCUCCUUCUACAUUGGGCGAUUGCUUGGCAGCGACUGGCAUACCAUUGACGUCGAGAAGGGCGCAACGGCAAUGGUCUGGUUGGCACUUGCUAGUCAGAGCACGCUGGACAACAUGGAGGCAAAGGAAGGCGUGGGCAAGUGGGGAAGCGCGACCGAUGCUUGGGGCCGAGAACGUGUGGACCGCACAGAGGUGACGGGAUGGGGCUGGGGAGGCAAGAUGGGCGAAUACAAGAGAAAGGGAAGAGAUCCGUAUGCGACAGACCUGACCGAGGAGAGCCGAGAGCGCUUCACGGAGAAGGGGAGGAGGUGCUGGGAGGAGAUGGAGAAACUGCGCAUCGAGUGGGAAGAUCGGCUGCGACAGGCUGGAGUCGCUGUUGACAUGGAGCAUACGCGCAAUUCUACCGGGCCUAAUUCUUGUCCGGAACCUUACAUCAAUAUGUCGAGCAUUUCGUCACCACACACUUCUGCGCGGGGAACUGCCUAUAGGCCGUCGACGCCAGACCAGAUGAGACCUGCGCUUUCGCGAUCGAGCACUUAUUCUGUUGCGCCAAAAUCAGAAUUCCUACGACAUGCGCUGGAAGCACGGAGGGCACAGAACACACCAACUCCUUCGCCCCAGGAAGCCAAGGCGCCAUCGCCACCAACGUCGAUGCCCUUGGAUAUACAUACACCCAAAACCUCACCCGAUGUCUUUGACGAGUUUGCCCUCACCGAGGAGCAAACAACACCCGUUUCGCCCAUCCGGCGACGAAGACCUAGCGAUGUUGGCACGCCGCGCUCCAAGACGAAUCGAGACCUCACCAAUGAUAUCCAAAAGCUAAAGGAGUCGUUAAUGACUUCCAACAUGCGGGUGGAGCUGCUGAAGAAAGACAAUAAAGAGCUACAACAUCAACUGACGACUGCAAAGGAGCAAGUUGAGCGACUUGAGCCACUGGAGGAUGAAAACUACGAGCUGCGUGCGGAGAACAAACAACUGAAACUCAAACUGGAUAAGAUGAGUGAGGAAAUCUCCAGCUUACGAGAAGACAACGAAGAACAGCGGAUGAACAACGUGGAGCUCACCGCUAUAGCGAGCGAGACUGCCGCGCAUUUCACAGAACACGAAACUGCUCUCGCAGAAGCUGCCGAAUGCAUCAUCAAGAUGGAGGAGGAGAAGGCCUUACUCGACAAGGAACUCAAGAUGCUCAAAGAGCGCGUCAUGGUGAUAGAGAGCCAUUCUCCCGCUAGCACACUCGUCAACACUCCAGGAAAGUACCCGCCUAGUGUCUACAGUGUGGACGAGGAACGCCCUACUACUUCUCAUUUCGACUCGGAUUACUACAGCCAGGUAGAGGACACGCCGUCAGUCAAGCCGAGCCACGAAUCGAUAAGGUCGUUUACGCCUUCAGAACGGUCAAAGAAAUUUCUUGACUUGACCGAAGAGCGGCGGAAGUCUGCUCGAGACUUAUCUGAGCGUAUGUCUGCUGUCUCUCUGAAGGCAUUACGCGAAGCGUCUCCCUCCCCACUUCCAGAGGUUCCUCAGGUUCCCACUACAUACCAACAAGAGAUUCCGACAAUCGUCGCCGAUGACAGGUCUGCCACCCCCUCUAGGACCCCCGUACCUCAUCGCCAGGGUUACCAGCCGCCCUCAAGGCCUCUGAUGGACGCAGCAGAGAUCUCCCCAGCCCGGCCGCAUACAGUUGCCCCGCAAUCUCAUGAACGCCAACCGGACGGUCUGCGAGGAUUAUAUCGCCCCCGUAGAACUUUGUCGGGCAGGAAAUCAAGUGAUCGCCGCCCGUCAUCAAGUUACGUCCCAAACACCACCAGCACUUCCGCCAGUUUUGCAGGUCGCCAACAGUCCAGGCAAGAGACUUCCCCUCAGGACUCUUCACGCAGCACCAGCAAGCGUGCGAGUACUACAAAUUCAGAUGAACAUCUUCAACGCCGCAUACCACACCGCCGAACAACGGAUGCCGACAGACCAUCCACCAUGUAUACACUCCCCAACGCGGACCUCAUGUCGUCAGGGUGGGAAAUGAUAUCCUCCGAUUCCUCCCCUCCUCCCGUCUCCAAUGCCUCCACAACCGAUCUAACCUCGGUUGUAGAUCCACGCGAAGACAGGGACGGAUGGUGGCGUAGUUUAGAUCGUCUGACUCUACCUCAAGCAUUGGCUCAACAGCAGCAACAACGACAACAGCAACAACAAAAGGAUCAACGGGAUCAACGGGAUCAACAGACACCGCGACCUCCUAAACCUCAUUCUAGGUCGAGAUCGGCUGCUCCCCUUCCGCCUCCUAUUGACACUAGCAAUACCGUCCGUACAACCAAUGGUCUAAAUGCCUAUGUUGGUACGCUGAGGAGCAGCGGUUCCCGAAGGAAGCCAGGCGAGACUACGCCGCUGACAGCUUUGAAUAGUCAUCCUGUCGAAAAGGACUUUUUGUUCAAUGUCAAAGAGAGCGAAGACGACUUUCUGCGAAAGACCAGGGGUAGUGUUGGACCUUCUUCACGGAGAAGUUAA